AGUAAAAUGGCCGCUAUGUCAGGCUGUUCUGGAGACUGUGCGCUUCAAAGAAGCCUAAAUAAACUCCUGACGAUUCCAUCUGCGUCUCCCAGAGUCAAAACCCAAUCAGAAGCGUUAUAUAUCAUUUCUCUUGAGCGCUACGGAAGAGACCCAAAUUUCGUCGUGUAUUUCCCAGACAGUAUUUCUAUGUCAGACAGCCUGUAUGAUGCUACUGUUACUGACGGACACUGCAGAGUGAGAGUGUCUCUGGACCCGAGCCUGAACAGACUGAUUCACAGAAAUAAACUCCGCUGCGGCUGUGUGGUGAGAAAUGUUGUGUUCUCGGCUACUAACGAAGGCGAAGGGAACAGCAGGACUUUUCACAUCCGUAGCCUGGAUGUGGACAGUUCAGGCGGGAGCGACGCGGCUCUCCUGUCCCUGUUCUCUGUUAAUGUGGACUCACUGCCGUGGGUGAUGGGCGACGAGCCGAGUCUCGUCCCGCUCAGGGCUCGCAGGAGCACUUAUCUGCCCUUGUGGAAUAAUCACGAUUUCAUUGGGGAAGCCUGGCGGCACACGCCUCCCUCUCAGACCGGUGUGGAAGACUCUGAGGAAGAGUAUGUGGUGGAAGAUGCACAGCCGGUUGUGUCAUUAGCAGAGCUCCGUCGUCGCUUUCUGAGUGGAUCACUACGGCGCAGAGGAGCUCUGUGUGUGCGAAUUAUGCACAAAUCCAGACUGAUGUAUUAUGGGAAAGCAGAUCAGAGUUGUGAAUGCCCAUACAAGGCCGAGCUACAGGUUGCUGACAGCUCCAUUAGUGUGCGCGUGGUGCUAUGGAACAGUGUGUGCUUAGACUGGUACCGUUGUCUGCAGCCUGGCCAAGUUUUAAGACUGAGUCGGUACAGAGUGAAGGACAGCUACAGCAACCGCAGCGGAGAAGACGCAGAACCAAACAUUGAGAUCAGUCUAAACUCCAGAAAUCCUACUGCUAAAGUUGCCAUCAUCCCAAAGCAGCAAGUUUUACCUGAGUGGGAUUUACCAGACCUGCCACAUAACUUCCUCAGCGGAUAUGAGCUACAAACUUCUCCUCAUAGCACUAUCUGUGAUGUUAUCGGCGUGGUUGUUUUUGUGGGCCGGCAAGAACGUAUCGGGAGUAAGGAUGGACGAAGAUCAGAAUUUGAAGAGUACCGCUGGCUCCAGUUGACAGAUGGGACCACAGAUCAACUAAUCACGAUCAAGCUUUUUUCAACAUCACAGCCAGACAUCCAAAGCCGAAUCCAACCAAUGGUACUGAUUGUUUGUACUAGGCUCAAGCUAAUAAGGAAUAAAGUUGGCAGUGCCACAACAUUUGGCUAUCUGAGCAACACAUUAUUUACCCAGGUGUACUGCACAGGCACCGGCUCCCACUCUGCCAUGCCAUACAGAGGUAUUCGUCCGGUGCGACAGUUCCUGCAGUGGUUGAAACAAGUGGAUGAGGCCAACAUGCUGGACAGGGCCGUGAUCGGAGGAUACUUCAGUUAUCCUCCCCUGCCUGUUUCUCUACAAAGCUUUAUGGAAAACAGACAAGGUGAGGCAGGUUUAAUCAGUGGAGGUGAAUUGAGGCUCCGUUGUGACAGGCUACACUACAGAGAGACACAACGCUUCAUUGUACAGUGCACAAUCACUGCAGCCUGCUACCAUAGCAGACAGGAUAUGGGGAGGACGCAGAAUUCAGACACACUGACAGCUCAACUUAGUCCUAGAGUGCCAAGACAAAGAGAAGGGUCUGACCCUUUUAAAACUCCAACAAAGAGGAAAUUGCUAUUUACCAGUGGGGCUUCCAGCAGCACACCCAGAAAGAGGUUGGCACCACCUUUUCAACAAUCAUCAACAGAAGAAGAUGCAGAGAAUGAUUUCUCUCUGUUUGAUGGUGCUAUGGAAUUUCUGGUUGGAGACAACAAUGAGGAUGAGGAAGAAGAUGAUGAAGAUUUCUCCACACCACCCAGUAGCCCCAUCCGGUCCCACCUUGGUACGGUUCAUGUUGCCGCUGAGACGUUACCAAGGCGCUUCUGUUAUGAACGACGGCACGUCCAAGCAGCGGCUGUGGGGUUGCAGACCAACAGCUUCCACAAAGUCCUCCCACACAGAGAGCUGGAAUCUUUUAGCCCCGCCCAGUGUUACACUGGUUACUUCACCUUAACAAUGAAAGUUCUGUCAGAUGGAGUGUUGCUGGAUGUCAUCUUCUUCCCUGCCACUCCUGGGAACUUGCACUGGAAGCCCCUCCCAUUGACACAUGACAACACAUGGGAGUCUGUCCUUUCACAUGGUGGCUUCUCUUCACAUGCUCCACCCCCAAGCCCGGCUGAUCUGAUUGCCACUGCAGCACAGCUGACGAAUCAGAGGAUGGUGUGUGUGCUGGAGGCGUGUGCACUAGGUGGAGACAAAGUAGAGCUCAUCCUAAACUGUGCUUUUCCUCUAAGGAGCUGACUGCACAUGAAUACAAAGCUGAGAUCUCUGUUCCACACAAGCUAAUGGUCUACUUUUGUAGAAUUUAAGCACUGAGGCAAUGUAUCACACUCGCAGUUCAGAUUUUCUUUUUUUGUAUUGGACUUUUUUAUUCUUGAACAAGACCCUUUUCAUACAUAAAGGUGUUGAACAUCCUCAAAUCCAGCAGGUUCUUUAUAAGUAUUUAUAUAUUAUAAAUGUAGAUAAAAUAUAUUUUUUCUUGAUUCUGUUUUCUGUUUCAGGAUAAGUAUUAAUAAAUGAUAAGUAUUAAUCUGC